AUGUCCUGCUACGACCUGUGCCCCACCUCUGCCUGCGGCAUCAGCCGGCCCCAGCCCCUGGCCGACAGCUGCAACGAGCCCUGCGUGCGGCAGUGCCCUGACUCCAGCGCCCUGAUCCAGCCCCCCCCGGUGGUGGUCACCUUCCCCGGGCCCAUCCUCAGCUCCUUCCCCCAGGAUUCCGUGGUGGGAUCUGCUGGAGCCCCUGUCCUUGGCACCUCUGGGGGCUACGGGCGCCUGGCAGGCUAUGGGGGCUAUGGGGGCUAUGAGGGCCUUUGGGGCUAUGGGGGCCUGGGGGGCUAUGGCUAUGGGGGCCUGUGGGGCUAUGGGGGCUAUGGAGGCCCCUAUGGCUAUGGCAGAUCCUUUGGCUAUGGCUCUUGCAGCCCUUACUGGUCCAGCAGGUAUGGCCGUGGCAGCUGUGGGCCCUGCUAA